CGCUCCCGAUCGAGCUCCGAAUGGGAACGUCCCGUUCUCGGAACUGCUUGAGCAGGCGAUGAGAGAGCAAAGGAGCGACCGAAUGUUCUCUCGUGCAGCAGCUGCCAGCGCCACGUAAGUCCGAACGUCGCGUCGCCGAUGAACGAGAGUGUGGCUGACGACUCGAAGAGAUUUACAAUUCGUGACAGAGCCGCGCAUGGCUUGGCCUGUGGCGUUGGAUGGACGGGGUGUACGUGUCUCUCCUCAGCAUGCUCUCGCACCGUCAUGGCCGAUGGAGAUCCGGUCUAGAUCGAAUUCGUGCGCGACAAAUCGCGGAUUCCGCUGUCAAACUCGAGAGAAGAAGAUCGUAGACUGCCACUCAUCUGAUCACCCAGGACCUCUCGUACAGCCAGCCAGCCAGCCACGGUCACAACCUCGAGGUAGAGGUUUCGGUUUCCAUUUUGGAGCGCUCGUUCUCUUCUCGUUCGCAGGCGAGCUUUCUCUGCCAGCGAUUCAAAUCUGGAGCAGGAAGCUUCACGUGCCUCGAAGCAAUGAUACGACUCUGAUCGUAAUUUGUCCCACCGACGCCGACCAUGCAAUGGCCUAGGCAGUAGCAGAUGAGGCAUUGGAGCUUUGAUGUUUGACAGCAGGCCUUCACACCCGAGUGCAUCGAUACAUCACUCACGUUUGCAGUGCCUGUGAGGAAUAAAUCUGUCGACUGGAGUUUGAAUCGACCGCAUAUCGAGAUUCAAUUCUUACGUAAGUAUCACAAUUGCCAAAAUAUGACCCCCCAGUUGCAGUCCACACGUCAUCUACAGAGUUGCUGAGGACUGCGAUGGGCGGACCAUCGCGCUAUUCCCGACUUUUCAUAAAGAGGCCAUCUGCUGAUAUUCACGUUCAUAUUGCUGACGUUGUGAGCGUACUGCACAAAUUGAGAGCUCAAUACAGACUCGCAACAUUCAUACAAUAAAGUCCACGCUGCUGC